CGAGGGCGCAGACAGUCGAGUCAGUCCGGGGGGCUCCUGUGCCAGGCAGGCUGCACACGCCGCCCUCGGCCUCGUCGUCCUGCUCUCCUCUCUCUUUCGCGAUGUGACAGUGCCUCUAUACAUACACACACGCGCGCAACCUAUCGACGCACGCACCCACGCACUCGCACGAUCUUCUUCUUCUUCUCUUAAAUCUUCUCGGGUCUCGAGUCGUGUUCACGUUAACAGCAGUGCAUGUAUGCGCGCAGCAGCAGCAACGGGUCGAUCGAUCGGCUGCUCGAUGGCUCACCCCUGGCAUGGAGGCGAGACACGACGACUGGUGAGGAGAACCGACAGCUUUCAUCAGCGGUAAGAAGCAAUAGAGAGGAAAAUGGCUUCGGGCUUCCCAAGCGCUCAUCAGAGAAAGCUUGGACCAGCGCCGAUCGCAUCUUUCGAGGACCUCUCCGACGAAGUCGAGAACGGUGGCGCGGAGCCGGUGACGCGGAUGCCUGGGAUAGUGGAGGUGACGACGCCGGUGACACCGGCCAGCUCGCUCAAGACCCCGAGCACGCCGCGCAUCGACAUUAGUCGGGCGAGCAGCUCGUCCCAGCACGAGGACAGCAACUCGCGAGAGUCGACGCCUGAGAAGGAGCUGCUUGCUGGCAUAGCACCGCCGGAAGGAUGCAAACUGCAGUUGGGCUACAAAGAAGACGCGCAGGACCUGCGCUCGUCCACCGAGGAGCUGGACCUGCAGGACCCGAUACACGAGCAGGACCUCAAGCGCGAGGCUAAGAGGGCGAGGAAACGCGCCAAGGAACUGCACGACGGCACCCAGUCGGAGCACGGGGUCAGCAUAAAGGUGCACGGCGAGCGCGAGCGCAAGGACAGCAAUUGCAGCGAGAUCAUACUGCUGAACGUCAGCGGGAGGACGUCCAGGUUGUCGAGCGUCGGCAGCCAGGGAUCCGGGGUGUCCGGCGGUGCGCUGUCCGUUGUCUCCGGCACGUCGUCGAGGAAGAACCGUCCAAAGACUAGUAAAGUGAAAUUCAAAUCGCCGAGUCCACACAAAUGCCUGCUGGAGACGUCGUUCUGCGGCAGCGUCUCGACCUUGGCCAACACCCUGAUCGAACCUUCGAAGCCGGAGAACGACGACCUGGCCAAGAUUCUGCUGCAGCGCGAGGAGGACUCGACCCGGGCCAUGAUACCCGAGAGCAUCCGUGUGCCCAUCGUGGGGGGCAACCUCAAGCCCGAUCCCCUGGACUUGCCCAUCAGACGACGGGGUCGCGAGGAGCGCAAGGAAAUCUUCAGGCGCGAGGUCGAGAUCACCAAGAAGGUCCUCAAGAGAGUCAACAUCGAGGUGCCAAUAAUAAAGCUGCCGAAGGAUCCCGACGACGACUCGUCCAAGUCGUCGUCGGAUCUGCAGAAGCCAGCGAGUCUCGACCUCCAGAACGACAGGCGCAAACGCAGUCCCAGCACAGCCUCGACAUCGUCGCGAGCAGCCGCAGCUGAGAGAUCGGUCCUCGACACCCCGAAGCUCCAGAGGCACCAGAAGAUCCGCGACCUCGAAGGCUCGAGGACGCCCAGUCCGUCUUCCGUCUCGAGGAAGAGUAGCUUUGCUUCGAUCUUCAAGGGUCGAACGGACGCGGCGAGCAUCCAGAGUCAAGAUUCCCCAACGACGAGUUCGCGUCGCACGAGUCUGGCGAGUCGACUGAAAGACACGGCGGAGAGUCUGCGCAGCCGAUCGAAGAGUCGCGAGCGACCGAGUUCCGGCGAGAAGUCGCCCGGGGGUAGCAGUACCAGGAGGCCGGAUUCGCGGAGUAGGACCUCCGGUGGUGGAGGUGUUUUCUCGUCGACGCUCAGUCUUUUCAAGAAGAGGGAGAGGAAGAAGAGCGGGAGCAGCAUAGGGACGCCGGAUACCUUGGAUGGCUCGCAUGGGAAUCUCGACAGUAUUGGCUGCGUCGAGUUUACCUUCAACCAGCAGCACACGCCAAGUCGACCGUCGAGUCGUAAGGAGGACGUGAUAUUCAUCAGUCUUUACGGCGAUAACGACGAGUUCAGGAAUAAGCCGGAGAAGGAAAAUGAACCGGAGGAGACCGUACUGUCCUCGGAAAGCGUCGCGAUACCGCUCGAGAGUCCGACAAAGCACCUCGACGAUUACGACGCUUCCAGUCCACAGCAGACGUCGGCGAACAUCGUCUGCACCGAUGUCACCAUCGAACACCAUCGAAAAUCGAGAAGAAGCGAAAGGAGAAGCAGAGACGGCGCGAGAAUCUCCUCGUCGUCGGGUGACAGCACGAGGCUCCCGGAGAGCCACUCGAGGGACUCGCAGAUCUCGAAAAGCGAGUCGAGGGACUCGAAAAUCGCGACCGACGACAGGCGGGACGUUACGAGCGUCAGUCAGCAGCCGGUCUCCGAGAACCGGGAAGACGCCCGUCUUCAGCGCAUGUCCACGAGUUCAUCGAAGGACUCGAUCACCAAGAAGCCCGAGAUGGUCAAGCCCAAGCGCAAGAGCAAAACGAUCCAGCGACCGACCGAAGCACCUCCGGGACUACCUCCGAAGGUCGAGGUCAACGGCAAAGUCGCGAAGCCAAUAGUUCCCGAGCCGGAGACUCCGGUACAACGGGACGAGCUGAUACUGCUUCAGGCGCCGAUCACGAAGACGCCGAGUGUCGUUUCCGACCUCGACCACAACAGCUCCGAGUCCGAGCGUGACUCAGAGAUCGACUUCAUCAGGAACAAGGCAGAGAAGGGUAUAGAGGAGUUGCCCGACGAGAGGAAGGGACUUUGCUACGAGGAGAGCUUCGAGGAGGACCUGCCGUACGUCCCGACGACGCUGCCGAUGGAGAAGAGCGUCGCUGUGCCCAUUUUGCCUGUGAAGCAGAGGCUCCAAGAAGUCAAAAAAACGACGCCGAUAGAAAGGCCGCGUUCGACGACACCCAUCAACCCGACGCUCCUGGACGAGUUCAUUAUGCACACCUCGACGCACGAUGACCACCAAGACCGGCACCGCCGAAGCGCCGACAAGAUGAAGAUCUCCUUGCCUCGUGAGGACAGCUUCAAACUCAAGUCACCACACCGGCCCACCACCGGUCACACCUUCAGCGAGUUCGCCGGUCGAGUCGGUGUGCCUCGAGGUCUGAGUCUGACCAAGUCGCCGAGCCCACCUCCACUGCCACCACGAGCCCCGACGACGGUUCUCACCACGAGGACGACUCAGUCGACGCAGCAGCAGCAGCAGCAGCAGCAGCAGCAGCAGCAGCAACAGAGACCAGCCAAUUGGAUUAAUUUUGAGGAGAUACCGGAGAAGAGGAAAGCGCCCAAGAGGAUACAGACCAUACCCAGGCUGGAGGAUGAGGCUAAGCUGUCACAGCCUGGAGCUGGAAACGUGGGCCAGUACAGCUACGUGCAACCGGAGGAGUGUCGUUGCGAGUGCCACGAGGAAUCGCGUCGAGCGUCACUCCAGUCGUCUCGACAGUCUUCGUCGAGCUGUCAACCCGGUGGCCAGACUAGCGGGGCCAACGGCGUCUGUAACGGCGAGAACUGCGCCACCAAUGGUGGCGGUCAGUCCGCCAACGCUGACCGAGCCAGCAUCGUCAGUGACAACAGUUCACUCGACUGCAGCCUCAGCGCCGAUUACACGCCUGGACACCAGCGCUCGGGUAGCAAUGGUGGAGCCAGGCCUUUCGCCAUGGAUCUCGACGUGAGCUCCAACCGGUCUAGCAUCAUAUCCCAGGAGGAGACUGAGGACGAGCAUCAUCUGAUCUAAUCAAACUUUCGCAAUUGUUGAUCGCAAGUUCAUACCUUUGGACGCUUACAGACAAAGAUUAUUAUUAUAUAAUAUAUACAUUAGGCAAAGUGGUUUUGCAUUUAUUAUUAUGGUAAUUAUGAUAACGAUGAUAAAUAUUACAUAUAAAUGACGAUAAUAUCACAUACGACGAUAUUAGUAAGAAAUCAAAUCGAACUGUAUCUUUCAUUUUUUUCACUCUUCGUUCUCGUGUUAAAUUUGACUUAUUAUUAUUAUCUAAUUCUUAAAGGUACACAUACAUACAUUGUUGUUGUUAUUGCGAUCGACACACGAAUAUACGCGUCGCGAAAUUCGACGUCGAGAUAAAUAUUAUACCUUCCACACAUUUUUACAAGCAGACGCGCGCGCAAAGCUCGUGUACAUGCAGGCGAGAAUUCGUAGAUUCGAGAAACGAAAUGACCUGUUAUUCCAGUACAUCUUUUAAUCAGUAUAUAUUUUUUCACUCCCUUUGUAUAAUCGUGGAAAUCGAUUUAGCUAUAUAGAGGCGUCAAGGAUUUUAAAGAUUUCGGUAGAAUAGAGGACAUUGAUGUUUAGUGCAGAACGUUUGAACUAUAUAUUAUCCAUAUUUGGACGGUGAUGUGUGUCUAGACGAGGAUUUGUGAAACAUUCACGAAGCACGUUAUAGCCUAUUCUAUAGACAUCAGACUAAUAUUCGACCAAACGAGUAUAUUCAAAUUGUACAUAAUGAAUGUUUUUCCGAUGUUAUAAAGGAAUGUUCAUAUGCAAAUUCACUUGUUCGUCGAUGUGAUUAUAAAGAAAAUAAAAUAGCAAUUAUAUAGCUUUCUCGAAUUUACGAAUUUCGCUCUAGCCAUAUAAUCGAGGGCGAUUGGCGGUCUAGCGAUUAAAGAAUGGAUAAAAAAAUUUUUUGAGAGACGUUUUUUACAAUGUUACUCCAUGUCACACUUUUCGGAAGUGCGUCUACUCUUCAUCAGUAUUAACGUGUGAAAGCGUCAGACGAAAUUCUGUAUUAUCGGCAUUUGUAAUGCUUCUCGUUCUCUCGAGUCAUGUCUUUGACUUAUUGAACCUUUUUAGUAAAAUUCGACGACACACAAAAAUAGACACUUUUUAUCGUCGAGUGCAGACAAAAACGAUGACUAAACAUUGGAAUUUUCAAGUUGAGCGUGUAAUGAUAUACCUUCAUUUUAGACAUAGAUAACGUGCGGUACGGUGAAAUUUCGAAAGUUCAUUGUUAUAAGAAUUGUUGAAACUCUAAACGUAUAAUAAACUCGGUAAAGUUUUUCGAAAAGUAUCGUAGUGAAAAAACGUAAUGAAGCACUAUUUAUAGAUACAAAUCUCGAAUGCAAAAAAGUCCACUUCUUCACUUUGUCCUUUCGUUCGAUUUUUCAUUGAUAUUUAUAGAUGACUGUUAUAAUCGUCGAGACGAUUAAAGGACUAUAUCUAUAUCGAAAAGUGACUUUUGUGCGAGUACGUCUAGUGCACCGUAGUGAUAUUAACUAUGUAUGUAAAACGUAAAAUUCAUCCGAAAUUUCACCGCACAUCACUAACGUUAAGAAUUUUCGAACAAAUAAGUAGCUUGCAAUGAAAAAACAAACCUUAUUACAUUAAAAAGACAUAAAUGAUAAUACAAAAAAAAUGGGAAAGGGUCGUUUUCGACUGCUUCUUUUGCUAUUAAGAAUUUCAUUGUCGUGCGAUAAAUAAAUAAAUAAAUAAAUAUAUAUAUAUAUAUAUAUAUAUAUAUACACAUUUAUUAUAAAUAUACUUUGAACUUAAGUCUCGACUGAUAUUUUACUUUUAUCGAACGCGUGAAACAAACACAAAAAGACAGAAGGAUAUGUACACGGAUACACACAGAGGCGUAUAAAAAGGUAAAAGAGGACAAAAAGAAAAAAAUGCGACGCGAUAGCAUUAAAGCUUGUGCUUUUCAGCCAUCACGAGCCUUCUGUCCCCCACAGAUCGUUUAUUUUCCUCGUCGUUUGUAAAUAGCGUAAAUAUAAAAGAAUAGCAUAUUAUAGAGAGGGAAGCAAGGCAUCGUGAUGAACAUUAUCUUCUUCCCCCCUUUGACAAGAGUUACUUUUCUGAUGAAUUUCUUUAUACUGGCUGAAAACGUAAACUCUUAUACUUACUGUGUGAUUAUAGUAUGUGCGGAUAGAGAGUCAAAGUUUUCGGAUUUUCGACCCAAAUUUUGCGUCAGCUCAAAUUUAUUUGCUUAUGAGCUAAUUAGCACAAAUUGAUUGGCGUUUGUCACUGGAAAAGCGAAAAUCACACAAAGGAUAUUAGAGGUGAUCUGAUGAUAAAUUGAAUGUUCUGUACGAAAAAAUGCUGUUGAGUAAUAACUGGAAAAUCGCGUGUUUGUUGAUAAUGAUUUUUUUAACUUGUAUAAGUAUCGACAUAAGCAAAUCGUUAUUGAAAAAGCACAAAAUAGUAAGAUUCUCGUAUUAGUAAGUGUUUGUUAAUCUUAUAUAAAAAAGUAUAUUCAAUGUCGUAAAGCGAAACUUUUUAUUCACUGUUUCGUUGAUCGUUGUCGCGUGCAACAAUUUUACAAAGGCCAAAUCAACUUUUGUAUAAAAUAAAAAAAAAAAAUUUCAUCAACGAAUUCGUCGCAUUAUUUUGUACGAAAAAAACUACGCUAAAUACAAAAAAAAUCAAAACACUUUCACAGCUCACUCAACGGCAUAUUUUCAAAACGCCACACACCUUAUCUCUUUCUUCAAUUCGAGACGAAGCGUUGACACAAACAAAAAACAAACAAACGAGACGCAUCACUAAAAACGCAUUUGUCGAAAACGCGAUUUCGACCUCUUUCGAGACUCUGCCGCUGUCGCGGCUAUCAACGAGAAACUAUACUGUGUUCAGAAAAAAGUACUACUAAAAAAAAGUUAGACAUAUACUUCGUAAUUACAAAGGAUCGCAGGUCCACGCUUGUAUAUCUUUCAUCCACAAAUUACUUAUUGUACCGAAAUGAGCACGUAUCGGAUUUGACGUGUUAGUAGCACCAGAUCUGUAUAAUCACUUCUCAUAUACGCGUUUGACAAAAGUAUAUCAAGAGAGUCAAUUUGGUCAUAGAUUUAAUACGGUACGGCGAAGAUAGACAGGAAAAAGAUAUUGACGGUAUCAAUUUUAAUUGAUAAACUAAACAGGUGUGUCCGUUAAUGAAGAAAUUUUCAGUGAAAGAUCAAAAAAAUUAAAAUGAGGUAAAGUUGCAUUAAAAUUUUAGUCGCAGUUAUGUCGUCUGAUUUUAUAUACUUGCAGUAUAGCGUCACAUUAUUUAUAAAGAGAAAAAUAUUUGUGUUUUUUACUUUUUGGAGAACAAAGAAAGGAUUUCUGCUUGUCUACGUGUGAGACAAGAGUAAUAAAAUAGUGAUGAAUUUUUCGUAGCUCUGUAUAUUACAUCUUAAGCUUGAAAUAAUUCUAGAUAUAUUGAAAACGCUGUAAACACUUUGUGUUGUAUAAGGAUUCAUUCUAUCGCCGCAUUGACAAACAAACGAGAAAACCAUUUGUUCGCAAUAUUUUUCGUAUAAUAUUAAUAUUAAUAAUAAUAAUAAUGUCUAAGUCGUUCGUACAUUAAGAGCAAGAGAUGAUGAACUCAUAAUCAUUCGAGAGAUGAGCGUAAAAGAACGUAGCCCGUAGAUAUUUAUUCAUUGACGAAGAAAAAGGGAAUAAUAUAUUAGGAAUAUAGCUUUUAUCUAUUCCCCUCGUUCUUAUAUAACGUGCCCAGAAUUGACGCCCCAAUUAAUAAGGCUACGUAUGUACAGUUGCUACUUAAGUAAGGAAGAUUUCAUCAAAGAAGCACGAAGUUGUUUUGUCAUUCUCAGAUGAACAGUAUCAGUAUCAGAGGCAAGUUUGUCGGUCAUUCAAUUGAUUUGUUCAUUUAUUAUAACUGUUGGACAGAAUAUAAUCAUAGGAAGAGCAUGGGGACUUUGAUGAAAUCUCUAUCUAAGAGCUGUUCUACUUACAAUCAACGCGGUUAAGAACAAUGUGAGUGUAAAUAGCGUUCGCAACACUUGAGAAACAAAGGAGAGUGAGCGAAGGAAAAGAAUUUUAUUGUUGAUGCUUUUGUGAGGAAUAGGAAGAAAGGCGUGAAAUUGGCUGAGAACGAAAAAUAGAAAAUGCUGUCUAUAAAUUUCGCAAAUCACAGUCAAAAGAGGUAGGGCGAAAGAGGAAGAGCAGAAGAGAUGUAUAACAGUGAUGAAGACGAGACGAAAAAAUAUAUCGACUAAUUUUUAACUAA